AACCCAUAGCUUUCGUGGUCCACAGAAAAAACAUCACCAGUUCCCCCAAAUCACCCCUGACCCCUCCAAAAACCGCGAAUUUCCUCCCCGGCUCCUCUUCCUCAUCCGGGUCCUCGCGAAGCCGCCGUGGAAGGACCCCCGGCGAUGGGCUCCGGCGAGGAGGACACAGGAGGCGGAGGAGGGGCGGUGCGGGGUGCGGUGCUGAAGGCGCUCGUGGUCGUCGGCGGCGUCCUGCUGCUCCGCCGCCUGCGCCGCUCCACCACCCGCUGGGACCACGCGCGAGCCGUCGCCGACGCGCUCUCCGGUGAGAAGGUGACCCCGCGCCUCCCACACACUGGACUAUUGCUCGGUUCCCGAGGCAUUCCGAUGCGGCCGCACUGGAAAUUCUUCUCGAGGGAGCAGGCGAGGAAGGAUCCUGACAACUUCUUCAAUUUGAGAAUGCUCACAUGUCCUGCCACCGAGAUGGUGGAUGGCUCGAGGGUGCUUUACUUUGAGCAGGCAUUUUGGAGAUCUCCAGAAAAGCCUUUUAGACAAAGAUUCUACAUGGUAAAGCCCUGUCCGAAGGAGAUGAAAUGCGAUGUUGAGUUGAGUUCAUAUGCAAUUAGGGAUGCUGAAGAGUACAAAAAUUUCUGUGAUCGUCAAAAGGAUCAGAGGCCACAGCCAGAAGAAGUAAUUGCAGAUAUUGCAGAGCAUCUGACCACCAUACACUUGUCACGAUGUGGCCGUGGUAAACGUUGUUUAUAUGAAGGAUCUACCCCACCUGAAGGUUUUCCCAACAACUGGAGUGGUGCAUCAUAUUGUACAUCGGAUUUGUCCAUCCACAAAAACGGUGAAGUACAUAUCUGGGAUAAAGGUUUUGACGACGAAGGGAAUCAGGUUUGGGGAACCAAGGUUGGCCCUUAUGAGUUCAAGCCUGCCCCCAAAUCUAAAUAUGACGACAUGUUCUCGCCAUUAAAUUUCUCCGCCCCUUUGUCACUGGAGAAGCUGGAUAAAGCAUAUGUAAUCGAUGACCAGUAGAGCCUGAGCCCUCAAGUUUGUUCAUAGGAACGCAAUAAGUGAAUAGCAUGUAUGUAUAUAUUGUACUGAGUUCUAAUGCAUUCUUUUUUCGACCACCCUGUGCA